AUGCUGGAUGAAGACGAGCCUCAAGAACAAGUUGGAUUCUGUCAGGGUUUCAGCUGCUUGGACCACAUCCAGACCUUGUCGUGGUUCAUAGAGGCUUGCCGCGAAUAUCGCCUGCCCCUUGUUCUAACCUUCGUCGACCAUAAGAAAGCCUUUGACAGCGUAGAAACGAAUGCAAUACUGUCAGCGCUGGUCGAUCAAGGUGCGGACGCGUCGUCUGUGAGGACCUUCGCAAAAUUGCUACGAUCGAUGCACCACUAA